AUGACUUUACCAAUAUUGAUUCUCCUUCUUGGUCUCGUGGCAAGAAUGUGCCACACUCAAGAUCCCUGCCGCAACAUGCAUUUUCCUUCUCCGCUAGAGGACCACGCCCUCUUUAACCACACCCUUCAGAAUAUAACUGAUAUAUCAGUGUGGAACUGCCAAGUAAAGUGCUAUGUGAACCAAGCAUGUCGUGCUGUGAACUAUAAGAAAGGCGCGAAUCUCGGGAGCUGUGAACUGCUGUCCGCCAAAGCUGGAUCCUUCCCUAUAGAUCUGCUGAAGUUCCCAGGAAUCGACUACUACGGCCCCAAUGAGGUUUGCGUUCCAAAUCCUUGUCCCUCGAGCAACAUGACCUGCGUUGGGUUAAAGGGGGCUCCAAGAUACAGAUGUGAGUGUCCACAAGGAUACACCGGUAUCGCAUGUGAAACAGAUAUUGAUGAAUGCUCUUCUGGAAGCAACAAUUGCCACCGGGACCGCGCUACAUGUGCAAACACCAUUGGCUCCUUCGCAUGCACAUGUAAACCUGGGUAUACAGGAGACGGAAUAAACUGCGCAGAUUGCGCUAUGGGUAUGGAAUCGGGCGCUAUAAGUGACUCUGCAAUCACUGCAUCGAGCUACUUAGAAACCCUGCGACCUUCACAUGGCCGCCUUAAUCACGCAAGCGUCUGGGCGUCAGCAUCUCAGAGCCCUGAAGAGUACCUCCAAAUCGACCUGGGGCGUGCGACAACAGUCACCAAGGUGGCCACUCAAGGAAACCCGAUUCGGUAUGAGUGGACGAAGAGCUACAAGAUCAGCUACAGCACCGAUCUAUCCACCUGGAAACUGUACCGCGAGGGAGGACAAGAAAAGGUGUUCCCCGGGAACACAGACAGGGACACUGUUGUCUACCGAGUGUUGGCACAGCCCAUUGUUACACGUGGUAUCCGGAUCAUCGUGGUAACUUUCCAGCACCGGCCUGCUUUGAGGGUGGAGGUCUACGAAUGCAUGUGA